UGGACGUUCAGUUCAGGGAUGUUUACUUGGUUACGUGCAACAGACGUCAAAGCGCAUCCAUCGUCUCCCAGCAUGCAGCAGGAGGCCGUUGAGCGCAUCCAGCAGCUGGUAGUGAGUUACUAGAGCGCCCAGCAGGCAGCAGCCGACCGGUCAACACAGAACAACACAUCCAACCACCAACCACUCCAUGUGAGGAGGACACACUGAGCCGUCUAACCUCACACACGGGCGACAAGACACAACAUGCUGUUCGGCCGCCUGACGUGUUGAAAGACCAUUGUCAACCCUCCAUCUCCAUCCUCUCCUGGAUCGCAGCACCGAACAGGCGAUGACAACAACGGUCUCAGCAAGCCCGCAGCAGAUGAGGGACCGGCUGCUGCAGGCCGUCGACAGCAACAGCAAUAUAUGCAAUAUGGUGGCUGUAUUGGAGGUAAUUACCUGUCUUGAAAAGUAUCCUAUCACCAAAGAAGCACUUGAGGAUACUCGACUAGGAAAAUUGAUCAAUGAUGUAAGGAAGAAGACCAAGAAUGAAGACCUUGCGAAGCGUGCUAAGAAACUCUUAAGGACCUGGCAAAAGCUGAUUGAGCCUGGGCCGGCUGUGGCUGCCAGCGCCCCUGGGUCCACCAAUGGCAGUUCUCAUCCCUGCAGAACAGAUGCCUCUCCUCCUGACAUGUCUGUGUCAGGGAAGGGUGUCCCUGAAGUCAAAAUCAGAAACGAUGUUCACAACACAUACUCGCCAAAAGCUGAGAAAUCCGGCAGCCGCAAACGGCGAGCAGAGCUCAGAGACAGUGGAGUGCACUUACCAGAAAAAAUCUCCAAGAUGUCUUCGUUUGAUAACUCUGUUUCCCCACCACCCACCAAUGGGAUUGCAGGCAGUCCUGAUGCCCUGCCUGACCAGCAAGUCGUCCCGUCUCCUGACCGAUCUCGGAUAGAGCACCUUGAUAAUGAUAAAAUCAACAGAAUUCCGGUUAAUGCCGUCAAGCCUCGCCCCAGCUCCCCUGGAGUGGCCAAACCACCUAGCACUUCCUCUAUGAUCAAGGUUGCUGUGAUGCAGCAACAGACCAGAUUGGAUGAAGGAGGAGGAGGGGGGUACUAUCAAGCCAAAAGUCCCCGUGGCCUCACCACCAGUCCAAGGAGCAUGAAGCAAGACACAGUGACCAAGCGCUCUUCAGCAUAUGCACCGAAAGCAACACCUAUCCCAAGCCCUUCCUCUAGAGAUUCCCCGUUGUCUUUGUCCCAGCCUGUAUCCAAUCCAGCCCAAACAUCUUACGCUGACAAGCUGCCACAUUCUUCUCAAAGGUCUUCAAUGCACUGGGCCAGUUCGUCAGAAGUCCCCUCUCAUUGCCCACCACAAGACAUAUCUUCAACACUGGAAUCCCCAUCAGUCUCCCCUUCACCCUCUCACCCCAAACACAACUCAAAACAACACAGACCGACAUCUGAGGUAGCCACGUCUGUGUCUGAUGACACUGACGGGACAAAGGUUCCCAGGAAGUACAGGCCAAGAGACUACUCUGUCAACCUAGAUGGCCAGAAAAUAGAGGACACGACUAAACCUGUACGAUUAAAAGAACGCAGAUUAACAUUUGACCCUGUCACUGGUCAGAUCAAACCUCUGGUACAUAAAGAACCUUCUCAAACAGAGGAAGCCCCCACUCCUGACCCCGCUGAGUCUAGGCAGAGAACUGAAAGCACUGUACAACAGCCUGCUGUCCCAGCCCUAACCCCAGUUCCAGCCCCAAUCCCAGCCCUGGCCCCAGCCCCAGCCCCAGUCCCAGGUCCCAGCCCUAACCCUUUCCACCAAACAAACUGGAAGGAGCUGUCCAGAAAUGAAAUCAUCCAGUCCUACUUGAACCUUCAGAGUAAUGUGCUCACCUCCUCUGGGGUCCAGGCCCCUAGUGCACACUUUUUCAUGUCUCAGUAUCUGAAAAGGGAAGAACAGGAGAUCAAGGACUCGCGGAAGAUACAUGUUCUGCAGACGGACAGCUCAGUAGGGGAUUUACCGGGCUUGAGCCGGGAGGUGACAGACGGGGACCUGGACAGGGUACACACACAGCAUUGGCCGGGGGUGAACGGUUGUUAUGACACCAAGGGCACCUGGUAUGAUUGGACAGAGUGCAUAUCAUUGGACCCUCAUGGGGAUGAAAGCAAAUUGAACAUCCUGCCAUAUGUUUGCCUAGACUGAGGGGUUUGGGAAGGUUGCUGUCCUUUUCCACUCCUUUCCUUGUCUCCCCGCAGAGACAAGAUACUUUGUGAUUUUGUUUGUCCACUGUGAGUUCGGCAAAAGCCAGGCCUGCUAAACUCCCGCCCCCAUGCCUUUUCCUCGUUCUGUGAUGAUCUAAUGAGAUUUUGGUAUAAAAAGAGUAAAGAUUAAAAGAAUAGUUAAGUUUGUAAUACCAAGGGCUGUUUCUGUUUUAUUUUUCAAACUGAAAGCCACAGGAAUGAGGAGGCCCUUGUUGCAGAGUGCUGCUACUAACACUGAAGGCAAGAAAGAGAGGACAGAAUUAUCCCAGACAACUGGAAAUGGUGUUAUGAUGUGAAUUUUUGAUGUUCUGGAUCAUACCUCUAUUUCAGGCUCACUGGGACGAUACCGUUUUCUUUUUUUUACCUUCUGUUUUCUAAUGAGGAAUUACAAUCUAGGGUUAAAUUUGAGGAAAGGCUGGGGUUUAGCCGUCCUGUCCAGACCGCCAUGUUGGUGCCCAGAAAGGUGUUGAUAGAGUUCAUCUAGCACAGGUAGAGCCGAACAUGUCCAGAGUAUGAACGCUGGAUCAUAUUUGGCAGUUACAAGAAGCUUUAUGUGAGAUAUAAAGAGUAAAUUAUAAAUUUCUUAUCAUGUAUACAUCUAUUUAUUUUGACCAGUUCAGUUAUGGGACGUUCAUUCAAACAGACGUUCAACGUUAAAGGGGCAUACAAAUGUUGUUGUUUUUUGCGUGGUCUUUCUUUAAGACUGGCCAAUGCAUUUGGUCAUUAACAUUCCAUACUACACCCUUCAGCUACUUUCACUCUCUGUUCUCAUCACAUUGCUCCUGUACUCCCAUCUCAAGUCUCAAGAGGAAAUUUAUUCAGAAAAAUCAUUUGGUUUCAAAAUGGUUUUCAUCAAAAUAGUGUGGUGCUAAUUUAAAAUGAAUUCAACUCAAGUGGAAAAACUCACGCCUCACUCGAAUUCUCUCCAAAGCUUAAAAUAUUAAAGAAUGUGAAAUCGGAUGGUGCUGAUCCAUAAUUGCAUUUUAGAGACAAAAACAAGGAAAUGUUUGAAUACUGGGACUCACUUUGUUUCUUUUCCUUUAGAUAUUGUUUGCCUUCUGUAAUUCCAUCACAAUAUUGUUCAGAGUUAAACAGCCUUAGUGAAUGUACAGGAUUGACACCUCUUAUGUUCUUGUUCAUAAGUUGACAACUUGUUGCUCUCUUCAUCCCUGACUUAAAUCAAAUGUGAAUAGUGACUGACGCUCAAAACAAUCUAUUUGCCCACAGUUUAUUCAGAGUUUAAGACGCAUUAGCUGCUUAUGAGAGUUUAGGAUGCUGUUUGAGGAGCAUUUCUUUACAUUUUCCAAUACAGCAAACAUAAAAGGGAGAGAGAGAGAGAGAGAGCCGUGUGCAUCAGAUAUUCUCGGCAUUUCCCAUGUGACAACUAAUACUUAAUUUUGAUUUCCCUUUACACACAUCAGUCAUUACCACUUUUUCUCUUAUGACUUAAAUUAAGAUUGGCUUCUGCGCAGCCUCUGCCCAUUCAUUCUUUCAGUCAUUCAUCCCUACCAAUGUGCCUUGGUAAAUGGUAAAUCUGGAUUUGCUUUCCGCAGAAAACACGCCUGUCCGUGGAGCUGGGCGUCUGUGCGAGAAUUGCAUACCCCACGACCCGACAUGACGCUGGUAUAUGCACCGUUUCUGUUACUUUUUGUACACACUGAUCUAGAGAGGGUGAAGCUGCAGACAAUGAGAAAACUGCACAACAACGCAGCUGGCAAUAAAGGAAAAGUGCUACAACUGGUUGAUAAGAAUCUGUUUUCUGGAGUUUUGACUGGGGGCAUCUUUAUUUGUUCAGUGUUUAACAUCUCUCAAUUGUUUGAAAAAUAAAAUGAUCUGAAUCUUCAGCUCA